CGCCGCGGAGGGCGUGGGCGUCACAGUGCUCGUUUUCCCGGAGACAACCAAACACUGAGCAACGACAUAAACGAGCUUAAUUCAUCCUUUAGCUGCCUUGUACCACAGCAGGCUGCUGUAUAAGUGUUACUGGAGUGCCACAGAGCCUCUGUGAUUGUGUCCCAGAUGAGGAACUGAUGCUGGGACGAACUCUCCUCAUCCCGUUUCCAUUUAGCUCUGCAUCUGCCCUCACGGGUGCACUUUGACAGAAUCCAUCCAAAAUGGAUGAUAUCUUCACGCAGUGCCGGGAAGGCAAUGCAGUGGCAGUUCGGUUAUGGCUGGACAAUACAGAGAACGACCUCAAUCAAGGAGAUGACCAUGGCUUCAGCCCGCUCCACUGGGCAUGCAGGGAGGGCCGCUCCAGCGUGGUGGACAUGCUCAUCAUGAGAGGAGCACGCAUUAAUGUCAUGAACAGGGGAGAUGACACGCCUCUGCACCUGGCUGCCAGCCAUGGGCAUCGCGACAUAGUGGGAAAGCUGAUCCAGUGCAAAGCAGACACCAAUGCAGCCAAUGAGCACGGGAACACUCCUCUGCAUUAUGCCUGCUUCUGGGCUCAUGACCAAGUGGCUGAGGACCUUGUGAAUAAUGGUGGUCUGGUGAGCAUGUGCAACAAAUAUGGGGAAGCUCCUAUGGACAAAGCCAAACCUCACCUCCGUGAACUCCUCAGAGAGAAAGCAGAGAAAACAGGUCAAAGUUUGACAAAAAUUCCCUUCAAGGACACAUUCUGGAAAGGCACCACCAGAACCCGACCCCGCAAUGGCACUUUGAACAAACAUGCAGGCAUUGACUUCAAACAGCUCUCUCUGCUUUCUAAAAUAAAUGAAAACCAGUCUGGAGAGCUUUGGCAAGGGCGCUGGCAAGGAAAUGAAAUUAUUGUCAAGGUGCUAAAAAUUCGGGACUGGACCACAAGGAAGAGCAGAGACUUUAAUGAGGAAUAUCCCAAACUCAGGAUAUUUUCACACCCGAAUGUCCUACCUAUGUUAGGAGCAUGUCAGUCUCCUCCCGCCCCUCACCCCAUUAUCAUCACACACUGGAUGCCUUAUGGCUCCCUCUACAACGUGCUGCAUGAAGGCACUAACUUUGUGGUGGACCAGACACAAGCAGUAAAGUUUGCCCUGGACAUUGCAUGUGGAAUGGCUUUCUUACACACACUUGAACCUAUGAUCCCUCGCCAUUAUCUUAACAGCAAGAGUGUAAUGAUAGAUGAAGACAUGACAGCAAGGAUCAGCAUGGCUGAUGUCAAGUUCUCCUUCCAGUGUCCUGGCAGGAUGUACUCGCCUGCAUGGGUAGCCCCUGAGGCUCUGCAGAAGAAGCCAGAGGAUAUCAACCGUCGGUCAGCUGACAUGUGGAGCUUUGCUAUCCUGCUGUGGGAGUUGGUGACCAGGGAAGUGCCGUUCGCUGACCUGUCCAACAUGGAAAUAGGCAUGAAGGUUUCCUUGGAGGGUUUGAGGCCGACAAUCCCCCCAGGCAUCUCACCACACAUUUGCAAGCUGAUGAAGAUAUGCAUGAAUGAAGAUCCAGCUAAAAGGCCUAAAUUUGACAUGAUUGUGCCAAUUCUAGAAAAGAUGCAGGACAAGUGAAACACCUCAACUCUCCCUUAUUGAACUGGACACUGAAUACCUGGAUAUCUUAUCCCAGCUAUGACUCUGAUAUGGUUGUGUGGUGCUUACCAGUAUUGCCUUAAAUUUUUCUGCUAUCACAGUAUUCAGUGCCACUGUAGCUUCUGAUUCUGAGUUCAAUAGCUGUCACUCCGUUCAUAUUGCAUUUUUCUUCCUCACUCAAUGUGAUAUUAUGUUUUUAUUACUGUCUAUCACUGUCUUUGCCACUGCUUUGUUAAUAUUGUCUUUGCAGAACUUGGUAUUGGUUGUCCAUCUUUGAAACUGUAAUCAUGUCGAGAAGUACAAUCUCUCUAAUGACUGAACCUGUGGAGGUCAGCAGAUGUCUGCUGGAAUGAACCAGUGGAUUUAUUUACUUAUUUUAUCCAGAAUCACAUUGGACUUACUUUUAAGAAAUAACUAUCUUAAAGUAACUGUUGUGGUAUAAUGUAAGUCAGUUACUUUCUUAACCCACUUCAGUCCAACUCACUGUCAUGUGGGGGGGUAGAACCUGUACGAGUGGUUAAUGAGCAAGAGGAGGAGAACACUGGACACAUCGCCAGUCCAUCUCACAUCUGCCCUAUAAUGGUUACUUAAAAUUAAAGAGAAUAUAAAUUAACCCAAAGCUUGUUUUGUGGAAAACAUUUUGUCAAUGCUUGUUGUUUUAGUGACAAACUAGAAUGCAAUGAGCAAGCAUGUGGAAAAAUAGCAUGUAAGGUGAUUAAUAAAAGUCUGCGUUUGAUUGUUCAAACUACAGCACGAGCUUGGCUUGUUUUAACCAUUGUUUUCUGAUCAUGUUCUUUAAGUGGCUACACAAACCUUUUCUGCAAAAACUUGACAUUUCCAUUCUGGAGAUAUUAAGUUCAAAAGGCAUUUCAAGGUCGAUGAAACUGUUUUAUAUGUAUUGUAAACAUUGUAUCAUUUAAUUGUUUUCAUUUAAUCUCAACAUUUCUUUUUCCCCUUGUUAAUUUAAAUUCUGGUAAUGUUGAACAAAAGGUUUAAGCAGCCUCUUUCCAGAUAUGUUAUUGUGCUUAUUUCAGAGCAUAUCUAAAUGUCUGGGGCAGAUAUGCUCUGUUUUCAUAGGUGUGAAACUGCUGCCACCGUGGGAAUAUUAUGGGUUAAAAUUGCAUCCUGCAAAUUGUUGCUUUUUUCAGUUUUGUAAUUUCAUUCUUGGAGUCCAUCUGACUUUAUAUCCAGAGUCAUGAGUUGUUUCCUUUGCCUACUUUGUUUCUUUACCUCUACCUGCUUGCUUGUUUGUGCUGAAUCACAUGGUUGAAGCCAAAUUCAAGAAUGACUUAUACAGAUAUAUGUAUUUAUAUAUACAGUAUAUUAAAAUGGUACAAUAUGGACAA